UGAGAGCACACACACCAACAUGCACAGGAAGGCGCAGUAUCAGCGGAUAGGCAGCAUGAGUUUGGAGCGGGACUCCAUGGAGGACUACUGGAGUGAGAUGAAGAGCAUCGAUGAGGAGCGUCAGGGAGGACCGGAGGAGCAGAUGGAGCGCGUCAGCGUGGACGAGGCGGAGCUUGAGGAGGCGUGGCUGCAGGAGGCGGGGCUCUCCACGCUGGCGACAGGAACACAGAGCGACGGCCCGGCGGAGGCUCUCCUCUCCACGCUCACACACUCACAGGCUGCUAUGGUGAAGAAACGGCUGGAUAACUACACGCAGACGCUGCGCAAGAGGAACAGACAGCCCAUGAGACACGUGCGAGACGUCUUCUCCAUGUCCGACGCGUCGGUGAGCACAAACCGGGGGUUCAUGCCUGGUUCAAAUCAGGGGCCAGUUGUUCAGAAAGUGUAA